GAUCGGGAGAGCAGCCGAUCAUGAAGAAGACAAUAAUGAUGCUCAUGAAUGGAGAAGAGCCAAUUACAGUAAUUGCUUGAUAUAAUAGAUUAGCAUUUGUGGUAGGAUAUUCCGUAGCUUGUACAUCGUACAUGCACAGUGUCUUCCUCCAGGGCCAUUCCCUUCCUUCUACCGGUACAGCACUAGUCCUAGAACGGAAGUUAAACCAGCACCGCCACUUCCUUCUUCCUCUUCGAACAACCUCAUUCACUCCUCAAUCAUUACGAGUAUUACUACGAGUACUCUACACAGUACUUACUGACUCUACUCCUCCGUAUCUCCAAGCCCAUCAUAGCGGAGGAUUUCAUCGUUCAAUUCAACCCAAUUCAUUAUUACUCAUACUGUUCAUCAUUCAUCUGUAUGUACAUGCACUCCUCUGUACUCCGUACAAACGAUACAAUAUACAGAACACUUUGCUCCGGACUCUUCACACACCCAUCGAGAUACGAAACAACAGACAACGCUACAGUCUCGGAUCGACAUUCGUUUCAUCUUCCUCAUCUACUCUUUCCCCGCGCCCAUCUCUUUCUCUUUGCACAUCAUUCCUAUAUCGUACCCAGCCACAACAGGGAAAGCACUCGCCCUCACCUCUUACCACCUCACCUAGCUAGCUAGGCAGUCCCACUUCCGAUACUUACUUGCUCACCACACCCCGUUGCCGUUCCUCAUCGUCAUCGCCAUCGCCAUCGCCAUUAUUGCCAUCACCCUUAUUCUUAUUGCCUUCGUGCCUUCUUCUUCUCACCAGGCGAAAAAAGACAAUUCAUCAG